UUUCCUCCCUUCCUUUCCUCCCUCCCACCCUUCCUGGGGGCGGCGGCGGAGAGGAGGGGUCUUCUUCUCUGCCUCCGCCCGGCCUGGCCCUCCUCCUUCCCCGGCGGGGCGAUGGCGAUGGCGGCCGGGGCAGCGGCGGCGGCGGCGGCGGAGGGUCGCCUGGCCCGGCAGGAGCGCGAGGUGCGGGGCUUGGCGGCCGAGGUGGCGCGGCUGAAGGAGGCCUCCGCCUGGGCGUCCCCCGAGCGGCCGGGCCCGGAGCUGCGGGCGCUGCGGGAGGAGAACGAGAAGCUGCGCUACCGCCUCCUCCACCUCCGCCGCAGCCUGGCCGCCGAGCGGGCCCGCCAGGACUUUCUGGAGACUGAAGACGCCCCCAGGAAGCAGGGAAAGGAGGAGAAGACAAGGGAGCCCCCAGCUGCAGAUGGGGGCCCACCAGAAGGUCCGACCUUCAUCCGGAGCAGACUAGAUCUCUACACAGAGCUGAAAAAGAAGAGCGAUGCGAUUCUCCGCUCCAGAACAUCUGGACAAAGUCAGACAAUCCAAAUCAGGCUUUCCGAUGGGAAGGUGACGGGCGGACAGGCCUGGAAGACGACCCCCUAUCAGGUGGCUGUCGACCUCAGCCGCGGAGUUGCCGACAAUGUCGUCAUUGCCAGAGUGAAUGGGGAAUUGUGGGACCUCGACCGGCCGAUGGAAGGAGAUUCCACCUUGGAGCUGCUGACUUUUGAGAACGAAGAUGCUCAGGCGGUUUAUUGGCAUUCCAGUGCCCACAUUCUGGGUGAAGCCAUGGAAAAUUAUUACGGGGGCUGUUUAUGUUACGGACCCCCCAUAGAAAACGGCUUCUACUAUGACAUGCACAUGGAAAACAGAGGGGUUUCCAGUACAGAGUUACUGACUCUGGAGAGCAUUUGCAAAAGCAUCAUGAAGGAAAAGCAGCCGUUUGAAAGGCUCGAAGUCCGAAAAGAAGAUUUGCUAGAAAUGUUUAAAUACAACAAGUUCAAAUGCCGGAUCCUGAAUGAGAAAAUUCACACACCGACCACAACAGUAUACAGGUGCGGUCCCUUGAUUGAUUUAUGCAGAGGACCUCAUGUGAGGCACACUGGAAAAAUAAAGGCCUUAAAGAUCAUUAAGAAUUCGUCGACCUAUUGGGAGGGGAAGUCCAACAUGGAAACCUUGCAACGGAUCUACGGAAUCUCUUUCCCAGAGGCCAAAAUGAUGAAGGAGUGGGAGAAAUUCCAGGAGGAAGCCAAAAAACGAGACCACAGGAAAAUUGGCAAGGAACAAGAGCUCUUCUUUUUCCAUGACCUGAGCCCUGGAAGCUGUUUCUUUCUUCCCCGUGGAGCUUUUAUUUACAAUACACUCGUGGAUUUCAUCAAAGAAGAGUAUCAGCGGUGGAACUUCAUGGAAGUCGUUUCCCCCAAUAUCUACAACAGUAAACUUUGGGAAACCUCUGGCCACUGGCAGCAUUACAGCGAGAACAUGUUCUCUUUCGAGGCGGAAAAAGAAAUCUUUGCCCUGAAGCCGAUGAACUGUCCCGGACACUGCCUGAUGUUUGCCCAUCGUCCUCGGUCUUGGAGGGAGAUGCCUCUGAGACUGGCUGAUUUUGGGGUGCUUCACCGCAACGAGCUUUCGGGGACCCUCAGUGGUCUGACGCGAGUCCGACGCUUCCAACAAGAUGACGCUCACCUCUUCUGCACGAUGGAGCAGAUCGAGGAGGAGAUGAAAGGAUGUCUUCAUUUCCUGCAGUCCGUCUAUGCUGUUUUUGGAUUCACCUUCCAGCUGCAUCUGUCCACAAGGCCCAGCAACUUCCUAGGGGAGAAGGAGAUCUGGGACCAGGCGGAGAAGCAACUCCAGAACAGCUUGGAUGACUUUGGGGAACCUUGGAAACUCAAUCCAGGUGACGGGGCAUUUUAUGGGCCCAAGAUCGAUAUUACAAUCAAAGAUGCUAUCGGCCGCUACCACCAGUGUGCUACGAUCCAGCUUGAUUUCCAGCUACCCGUCCGGUUCAAUUUGACGUACGUUGGCAAAGACGGCAACGACAAGACGAGGCCCGUAAUCAUCCACCGAGCGAUUCUGGGCUCUGUGGAGAGGAUGAUGGCUAUUCUGGCAGAAAACUACAGUGGCAAAUGGCCCUUUUGGCUCUCCCCUCGGCAAGUCAUGCUGGUUCCCGUCGGACCUACCUGCGAAGGAUAUGCCCAGCAGGUCUGCAACGAGGCUUGUGAAGCUGGGCUCAUGGCGGAUGUUGAUUUGGACCAGAGCUGCACGCUGAAUAAGAAGAUAAGAAACGCACAGCUGGCUCAGUAUAAUUUCAUUUUUGUGGUUGGGGAGAAGGAAAAAGCAAGCAACGCCAUCAACGUCCGAACCCGGGAUAACAAAAUUCACGGAGAGGUUUCGGUUCCUUUGGCCCUCCAGAAACUACAGAAGCUGAAAGACUCCCGUACUUUACACGCAGAGGAAGAAUUCUAGUUCAUCGCCAACAAAGAACCGGAGCCGAGGUGGCGCAGUGGUUAGGGUGCCGUACUGCAGGCCACUUCAGCUGACUGUUAUCUGCAGUUCGGCU